AUGCCUGCGCGCACUCGACAAGCUCCCUCCGCGGGGACAGAGGUUGCAGAGGCCGAAGAAACAUCGGACGGCCUUCGCAGUCUCAAAUUCAAUCAACCUCUAUCAUGGCGCGUGGGAAGAUCGGCUAUCCCCACCGCCGACUUGCUUCAACGGCUGCAGACCCUUGCGCAUGAGCUCCGGAAGCUGGAACAGGAAGAAGUCAAUAAGGAUUCUCUCAGGAAGGUCUCCCAAGAAUUGGCCAGUGGCCAUUUACUAGCGCACAAGGACAACGGAGUAAGGGCUUGGACGACAUGUUGUAUCGUCGACGUCCUGCGACUCUGCGCUCCCGACGCGCCUUUCACGGGCAAUCAACUUAAAGAUAUCUUUACAUGUAUCAUCACGUCGAUCAUCCCUGCCCUGGCGGACCCGUCUAGUGCCUACAACGCCCAGCAUUGCUAUGUCGUGAACUCGCUCGCAGAAGUAAAGAGUAUCGUGCUCAUGACCGACCUCGACCAUCCAGACUCCUUGAUUAUUCCCCUCUUCACCAGCUGCUUUGACAUUGUUUCCGGUUCCGCUAAGAACUCCACGGGAGAGCCUGUGGCCAAGAACGUGGAAUUUGACAUGACCCGCUUGCUCGUUACCGUCAUCGACGAGUCUCCCGUUCUCGCACCUGAUGUGGUGGAUAUUAUUGUCGCGCAAUUCCUACGGGUUGAUCCCCGGGCCCUGGAGCCUCCAAGCAAGAAGGGGAAAAGGACCGAACCCGUCCAUGAUUCUAAGCAGGGCACGCUUCUGCUGAAGGACUAUCCACCCGCUUAUAACAUGGCCAAGGCUAUUUGCCAAGCAUGCCCGGAAAGGAUGACAAGCCACAUCAGUCAAUAUUUCAACAAUGUUAUUAUUGAUGCAUCCGCGCCCCAGUCGCGGACUAGCGGUCCUUCAAAGAGCACGCAUAAGAGAACAACUCUCGACGAUUCCGACGAAGAGGGAGAGGAUAUCAAAGAGCUGAAUAAAGCCCACCGUCUGAUUCGAGAACUUUGGAGAGCAUGUUCCGAAGUCCUGCAGAAUGUGGUCCCACAGCUCGAGGCCGAACUGUCCGCAGAAUCGGUACCCUUACGUCUCCUGGCCACUCAGACUAUCGGUAACCUCGCUGCCGGAAUCGGUGUCGCUGGACCUCCCCCUCCCCCUCCCAUGGAUCCUGCGAGGUAUCCGCCAGCGACUCUGAUAGACUACGACUUGACGGUUCCCCAGCCAAGCGCCCUUCUUACACCAUUGUCUCCCAAGCCCUUUUCGCAGGUCCACUCUUCCGCUUACGAAAAUUUCUUAAGUCGGCGGCUCGAUAAGUCCGCCUCGGUGCGGGCAGCCUGGGUAACCGUUGCGGGCCGGAUAUUACUGACAUCAGCCGGAGGUUCAGGUUUAAGUGAGAAUGAGGAGCAAUCACUCCUUCAGGACAUUGCAGCCCUACUUCGUGACGCUGAUGAGAAGGUUCGAGUGGCAGCCGUUGAUGCAGUGGGCAGAUUUGGCUUCUCUGCUAUUGUCAACAAACUUGCUGUCAACGGAGGACUAUCGUCUCCGGAUUCCACGUUGUCAAUUCUCGCAGAACGAGUGAAAGAUCGGAAGCCACAGGUGCGGGAGCAUGCGAUGAAGGUUUUGGCCCAGAUGUGGGCUGUUGCUGCGGGCGAGAUUGAGCAGCGCAACGAACAGGUAGUGCCUCUGCUUCAUGACGCACCGUCGAGGAUCCUUGACGCUUAUUAUACAAACGAUAUGGAUAUACACGUGUUGAUCGAUCGCGUGCUCUUUGAGAUUCUCCUCCCCCUUAACUAUCCUCCAGUCAAACAGAAGUCGUCCAAAGGAAAGUCGCCUCAGAAGCAAAAAGAUGGUCAAAAUUCUGAUGGCGAUGGCGAAAUAGACGUCGACAGAAUACGUGUUCGUCGUAUAUUGACCCUUCUUGCGAGCUUGGACGAUAAAGCCAAGAAGGUAUUCUUCGCGAUGCAGGCUAGGCAGUUGUCUAUGAGGACAAUCGUGACGCUCUACUUGCAGCACUGCGAGGAAUAUAAUGGAGGUGUAAUGGACGAAGACGAAAGCCGUAUCAAAUCUGAACUGGGCAGCGUAAUCAACUCGUUGGCAAAGUUAUACCCUGACCCGUCUCGUGCCUCAGCGGAUCUAUGGAAAUUUGCCAAAGUCCACGAUCGUCGAAACUACCAGCUUAUUCGGUUUGCCAUGGCCGCAGGCAGUGAUUACCGAACUGUUACGAAGGCCAUCAGGGAGUUCACAAGAAGGGUGCAGAGCGUGAAUAAUACUCACUUAUUGGAAACGCUCACUCCGCUUUUGUAUCGCUGCAGCUCGCUUGUCUUCAACAGGAGUCAUAUCCCAGCCAUAAUAGGCAUCUCGAGGACAGACGAAAAUGGAUUGGCUAAUCCCGCUCACGAAAUGUUGAAAGAGAUUUCUACUCGUAACCCUGAAGUCCUGGAGGCACAGGUACAGGAGAUGUGUAAAGACUUGGAGGCGCAAGCCCCAAACGCCUCUGCUCCUGCUGCAUCAACUGACGACGCAGGUACCGAAGAGAUCCUGAAGGCAUGCUCCGGUUUUGCCAAAAGGCUUCCGUCGAAGCUUCCCAAAGAGCGUAAAUUUUUACAGGCUCUCACAAGCUAUGCUCUUUACAGUCCAUCGCCCCGUGCUGCCAAGCACGCUGUCUCUAUUCUCAUGGUCGCCGCUGAUAGAAAAGAGAUGUAUGCGAAAGACUUGGUACACAAGUGUGUUAAAGACUGGACGUAUGGCUCAGGCUACUUUUUGACGAGAUUGGCUACUUUGUCUCAGCUGAAUUUCCUUGCCCCCAGGGAGGCAGAUGAGGCGAGUGACGCGAUCAUAUCUAUCGCAGUGAACCAGAUCCUUCUCACAAAUCGCUCCCCGCAGCCCAACUCCGGGUAUGCGUGGUCUGACGUUGCUGACGACGAGACCGCUGCAAAGGAAUGGGCUCUUAAGAUUAUCGUCAAUCGUCUGCGUGCGAAAGAAGGUUCGGAUAACGAUGAUGACUUCCGUGCACAUGCAAGCCCUGUUUAUAGCACCUUGAUCAAGCUCAUUACUGGUGACGGAGAGCUGUCCAAGAAGAAGGAUACCCCAGCGACUCAGAAGUCGCGGCUGCGUCUUCUUGCUUCUCGAUUGUUGCUAAAAUUGUGCGCAUCUGACAGCCUAUGCGAUGGACUGCUUACGCCUCGCGAUUUCAAUUCAGUUGCACUUGUGGCUCAAGAUCCUCUACUCCCGGUGAGAAGCGGAUUUAUCAACCAACUCAUGAAGAAACUUGUGGUACCCAAUACUUAUUUAAGCCACCGGUGGUAUACAAUCGCGUUCCUCCUGGCUUUCGAGCCUAAUGCAAAGCUGAAGAAUAGUGCCUCCACAUGGCUACGUGCCCGAGCGACAUUCUUCUCUCAACAGUCUCAAGCCAGUGGCCGGAAGGGUGAGCAGCAGACAGUUAUGGAGUCGAUAUUCUGCCGUCUUCUAUCCCUUCUUGCUUACCAUCCAGACUACCCCUCUGAUGACUUGGACGAGAAAACCAAGACUGGAGACCUGGCUGAUUUCGCGAGGUAUAUUCUCUUUUACCUAUCUGCUGUAGCAAAUGAGCAAAAUCUGUCCCUCAUCUUCCAUGUCGCACAACGUGUAAAACAAACUCGAGAUGGCAUCACUGAUUCAGAUGAGAUCACUACUCAUCUUCAUACGCUUUCCGACUUGGCACAAGGGACUAUCCGCCGCUUUGCCGACAUCUACUCCCAGCAGCACAAAUUUGGAGGAGGGACUUCGGGUGGCACUAAUAUCCUCCAGACAUACCCGGGGAAAGUAGGAGUACCCAGCUCCAUUUUCGCGUCCAUGCGCAGCCAUCGUGAGGCGCAGGAGGUAGCCCAGAAGAACUUCCUUCCCGACGAAGUGGAUGACCUGCUAGAUGGAAUCGUACGGUCCGCAAUGAGACCCCCCAAGAGCACAAGUCAAAUCGGUCAGAGUGGUCAGACGAAGAAGAGGAAGCCAGAGACUGGCGGUCUAAACGGUGCUGCCUCGACUAGCAUGGCUAAGAAAGCAAGAAGAGACAAAGAGAAGACGACAACGUUGACGACGCGUCCCAGAAAGUCUUCUUCCGCUACUGCUGGACGCAGCAGGAAUAAGAAGAGAAGGAAGGGUGACGAGGAUGACUGGUCUUCGGAUGAGGAGGGCGCUGGAGGUGCGCCCACCACCAUUACCACUACCACUACUGCGCGAAGACGUAGUAGCAGAGGCACAAGCAAGAAGGAGGUCAGCUAUGUAGACCGGGACAGUGAUGAGGACGACAUGGAAAUGGAGGAAUGGGACCAGGGGAAUAAUGCAGAAGAAGAUGAUGGUGAUGUUAAUGGUGACGAGGAAGAGGAAGAGGAGCAAGGAGAUGAACCAGAAGAAAAAGAGCAAGAAGCUUACUCUGAUGCUCAAGAACCGCAAGAAGAAACCAAGGGCCGCAAACAAAAGCGAAAAACGAGACGAUGAAGCUAGAGACAGACGAAAACCAGGACCGAAAGGAACAGCAGAAGCUCUUACUACGGAGUAGUAGAUAUCCAGCUACGAAAUCGAAGUUCAACAUUUCCUGAAUCAAAAAGGUCGCCAAAAAAGAAAGGUCACCAUUGACCGGCUGCCUCGAGAGGAUUUCUAUCCCUCUGUAUGGAGCACAGAGUACACGAUAUUGAAUUGACAGAAACUGUCACCAAUGCACGGGGAAAGGGGAAAUGAAUUCCUUGUUCAUUGUAUUUGUCCCAUACUCAAUCUAUCCCAUUUGUAUUCAUGUUUAUUAUAUUACUCUUCUUUCAUAGACAUGUUGCUUCUAUCUUCUGCUUCCAUGUCCAUGGUGCUGUUUAAAAAUGUAUACCCAUGUCCAUUCAUUAUUCAUAUCCAUUUCAUGCUUGUAUCUUGUCAUCUAAGUUGAAGAAGCCGUAUUCGUUUCUCUCUCCAUUCUAGGC